CAGCAGGAAGCGGCUCUGAUGUCAGCGGCGGCGGCCGCGGCGCGGCUCUGAGCGGCUCCCCACCCCCGCCGCGGCCCCCUCUCCCGCUGCCGCCGCUGGGGCUGGCGGCGGAGCCCGGCUGCGGCCCCGGGGGCGCCGCCUUCUCUCGCCCGGGGACGCGCGGCCGAGGCGGUCCCGAGCUGCGCAGAGGCCGCGGCCUAGGGGAGACGGCGCGGCGCCCCGCGGGGCUGCGGGAGGGCGCGGGAUGCGCAGCGGCGGCGCCGGGGCCUGUGCCCGCCGCCAGUGAGGCCCGAGGCCGCCGCGGAUGCGGCCCCGGCGGCGCCUCGGCCAGGCCAGCCCCGACCUGCGCCGGGAACCGCCGCCGAGCCCCGCGUAGCCCCGGCUCCGGCCCUCGGCUGCCCGGUGCCAGACCCUCGCGUAGCCCCGGCCCCCUCUCCUCCCUGCGGUGAAAGAGGAGGCAUGUCCGCUGCCGCCUCCGCUGAAAUGAUUGAAACCCCCCCGGUCCUCAACUUCGAAGAAAUCGACUACAAAGAGAUCGAGGUGGAAGAGGUUGUUGGAAGAGGAGCCUUUGGUGUGGUCUGCAAGGCAAAAUGGCGAGCUAAAGAUGUAGCCAUUAAACAGAUAGAAAGUGAAUCUGAAAGAAAAGCCUUCAUUGUAGAGCUUCGACAACUGUCACGGGUGAACCAUCCCAAUAUUGUCAAGUUAUAUGGAGCCUGCCUAAACCCAGUGUGUCUUGUUAUGGAGUAUGCUGAAGGAGGUUCUCUAUACAAUGUGCUACAUGGUGCUGAACCUCUGCCUCAUUAUACUGCUGCACAUGCCAUGAGUUGGUGUUUACAAUGUUCCCAAGGAGUGGCGUAUCUCCACAGUAUGAAACCAAAGGCUCUAAUUCAUAGAGACCUGAAACCACCAAAUUUGCUCUUGGUAGCUGGGGGGACAGUUCUAAAAAUCUGUGACUUUGGUACAGCCUGUGAUAUUCAAACACACAUGACCAACAACAAAGGAAGUGCUGCUUGGAUGGCACCUGAAGUUUUUGAAGGUAGCAAUUACAGUGAAAAAUGUGACGUUUUCAGUUGGGGUAUUAUUCUCUGGGAGGUAAUCACCCGUAGGAAACCUUUUGAUGAGAUUGGUGGUCCAGCCUUCCGAAUAAUGUGGGCAGUUCACAAUGGUACCCGGCCACCACUGAUCAAAAAUUUACCUAAACCAAUUGAGAGUUUAAUGACCCGUUGUUGGUCCAAGGAUCCCUCACAACGGCCAUCCAUGGAGGAAAUUGUUAAAAUAAUGACACACUUGAUGCGGUACUUUCCAGGAGCUGAUGAACCUCUGCAGUAUCCUUGCCAGUAUUCAGAUGAAGGCCAAAGCAACUCUGCCACUAGCACAGGUUCGUUCAUGGACAUCACUUCUACAAACACAAGUAACAAGAGCGAUGCUAACAUGGAGCCAAGUGACUUCCAAGGAGCUUCCACCAAUGACACUAUUAAACGUUUAGAAUCAAAAUUGGCACAGCAAAUCAAAAACACAGCCAAGCAGCCGGGUGACCCUGGCCGUUUGAGUUUACCCCCAUCUCGUGGGAGCAGUGUGGAGAGCUUGUCAGAUGUUCGUGCACGACCACCAUCAGCCCUUGUUUCCGGAGAAGCCAAAAGGAUGAGCGCUGACAUGUCUGAAAUAGAAGCAAGAAUAGCUUCCAUCACAGCCUAUUCCAAGCCUAAACGAGGCCAUCGUAAAACUGCUUCAUUUGGCAACAUUCUGGAUGUCCCUGAGAUCAUCAUACCAGCAGGAAACGGACAGCAGAGGCGCAGAUCCAUUCAAGAUCUUAGUGUUGCUGGAACAGAGUCCAGUCAGGAGAGUAGAAACAGCAGUAGAUCAUCUAGUCCUAGUGUGAGAAUGAUCACUACCUCGGGACCAACCUCUGAAAAGCCAACACGUAAUCCAUGGACACCAGAUGAUGCAGCUGCUCUUGGAAAUAGCAUAGUCUUUGAGGGCAACACCUUAGUUUCUCUACCACGACUACUCUGUGGCAGGUGCUUUUGGGGUAUGGAGACCAAUGGGUCAGAUAACUCCAUCCCAAUGGCAUAUCUCACACUAGAUCAUCAGUUACAGCCUCUAGCACCAUGCCCAAACUCCAAAGAAUCUAUGGCUGUGUUUGAACAGCACUGCAAAAUGGCACAAGAAUAUAUGAAAGUUCAGACAGAAAUCGCAUUGCUGUUGCAGAGGAAGCAAGAACUAAUAGCAGAACUGGACCAGGAUGAAAAAGACCAGCAAAACACAUCCCGUCUAGUACAAGAACAUAAAAAGCUGUUAGAUGAAAACAAAAGUCUCUCAACAUACUAUCAGCAAUGCAAAAAACAAUUAGAGGUCAUCAGAAAUCAGCAACAGAAGCGGCCAGGCACAUCAUGAUUUCCUGGGACCUUUCAAAUUAAAAAUAUGCACAGAAAAGACUGAUUUUUUUUAUUGUUAUUAUUAUCCCUUAUUAUGACAGCUCAUGAGUGUUAGCUUCUUGGUGUGAUCUGUACGUGUCUGCUACACUUAACAUCGUUUAAUUUUCUUUUUCCUAGGUGAAAUCCAGUUCAGCAGGUUAAUUGAAUAGGGUGACAAAACAGUGACUUGAAUUAACCAAUAGCCCUCAAUUUAAAGCAAGAAGAGUGGCUGUUUGCAUGCUCCUUGUGUGAAGGCUAGCCUAACAAGUGUUGAGGAGGCUGCUAAAUUGUGAGAACUUAUUUUUAGUUUUUGGUGUUGCCUCAGUAAGAGCAAAAAAAAAAAGACUUUCCUGUUUAAGAAUGGUUUUGUUCCAGUGUCUCAUCUCAAACUAUUAUUAUGAUUAUUAUUUUCAUAAUAAACUGAAACAUGCACCAAGCUGCAGAGGUGAUGUUGGCUGACCAGAGUAAUUAAUGAUGCAUUAGUAAUGCCUUUUACCUGUAGACAGUGUAUUUUUCCACAUGCAAAAUGGUAGGCAAGCUGAUGCAAGCAUUCUCAGUUCAGUGCUUGAUAGCCCUGCAUUUUGACUAAUAUAUUUCUUGUAAUCUUGCAUUCAUAAAAUAUUUGAAGUAAAAGGCUGUAUUUUGUUUACUUUCUUGGGGUGAAUGACAUGCGUUUUCAUUUAAAUAUGAGCCAGAAGUUAUGAAGGUGAUCACUGGACAGUAUUGGUCCCUUGUAUAAAAGAGAUAUCAUCAAAAAUAAGUAAAAGUGUGUUUAAAACUUUUAAAACUUUUGUCCCUGUAGAAUCUGUGGAAGAAAAUUCAGAAAGAAAAUUAAUACAGUACUUGAAAUACUUGC